AUGCGCUGCGACGCGUAUGAAAACGGGGAGAUUGCGCCCGAGUCUUGGCAAACCAAUGGAAAGAGAUCUAGAACGGAUUUUCAUAUUCAACACUGCAGGCACACACAGUUCGACGAAUCUGUUUAUCCGGCGAGCGCAUCGGUGUGCCCUCGUUUUUGUGGUUCAGGAUGCUUGUUCCUGCGCAACACGGUGCAUUCUGUGCAGCGCACUGGCGCGUACCAUGUUGUUGACCAUGCACUUCACCGAACACUCAGCAAGUCGAUGCAGGUCGAGAUGCGUUGUCCACUGAUCGAUCUUUGA